CCCAGAGUCAAAGAGGUAUGCACUAUCAAUGCCCAAAAGAAAUCAUGGUUAAUCUUUGCAACUCAGGUUUUGAUGGCUAUGUCAAGUAAUGAGAUAAUUUUGCAGAUGUUUUGUGGGAUGUGCUAAAUCACAGGACCUGGCCAACCGACAUCUCUCAAUGUGAGCCUGGCCCAGAGUUGUGACAGGGAAGCCAUCUACAGGAACUUGGUGACUGCAGAAACAUCAGUGUCACAAGGAACUGGGCCAGGCAGCAUGGAAGGAGUCACAACCCAAGACCACUCCAACCCAACCACCAUGACUUCAGGAGUUCUGUUCCACACCGGGAGGCACCAUAACCCUGCAUCCAUUCAGAGGACACAGCAAUUCAAGUUCAAAGUUAGCAUGAGAAGCAAGAAAAAUCAUCACCCAAAUAAUGGAAUUUUAUCUGAUUCUGUAGGGAUCAGAUUUCUUUAUUCUGGAUAUCAUGGUAACAAUACAGGAAGUAUGCACUCUUUUUCUCAUUUCUGCAAGUAGUCAUCACUGCUGAAGGAAGAAAUUUUUUAAGCUGUAGCAGAGUUCGUUUUGGUACCUUUAGUGGAAAUUCUGAUUUUGCUUUUAAUUUUUGAUAACCUUUUGCUAAAGGUAUGAACAACCAAAGAACUUAUCUCAUCAGGCAAGUCCACAUUAAUAAGAAUGCCUAGAAGAGGACUGAUUCUUCAGACCCGGACCCACUGGCUGCUGUUGGGUCUUGCUUUACUCUGCAGUUUGGUAUUAUUUUUGUACCUUCUGGAAUGUGCCCCCCAGACAGAUGGAAAUGCACCUCUUCCUGGUAUUAUUGGGGAAAAUUAUGGUAAAGAGUAUUAUCAAGCCCUCCUACAGGAGCAAGAAGAACAUUAUCAAACCAGGGCUACCAGUCUAAAACGUCAAAUUGCCCAACUAAAACAAGAAUUACAAGAAAUGAGUGAGAAGAUGAGAUCAUUACAAGAGAGAAAGAAUGUAGGGCCUAAUGGCAUAGGCUAUCAAGGCAACAAAGAACAAACACCUAGUGAUCUUUUAGAGUUUCUUCAUUCCCAAAUUGACAAAGCUGAAGUUAGCAUAGGAGCCAAAUUACCUAGUGAGUAUGGAGUCAUUCCCUUUGAAAGUUUUACUUUAAUGAAAGUAUUCCAGUUGGAAAUGGGUCUCACUCGCCAUCCUGAGGAAAAGCCAGUUAGAAAAGACAAGCGAGAUGAAUUGGUAGAAGUUAUUGAAGCUGGCUUGGAGGUCAUUAAUAAUCCUGAUGAAGAUGAGGAACAGGAAGAUGAAGACGGUCCCCUUGGAGAGAAAAUGAUAUUUAAUGAAAAUGACUUUGUAGAAGGUUAUUAUCGCACCGAGAGAGAUAAGGGCACACAAUAUGAACUUUUUUUUAAGAAGGCAGACCUUAUGGAAUAUAGACAUGUGACCCUCUUCCGCCCUUUUGGACCUCUCAUGAAAGUGAAGAGCGAGAUGAUUGACAUUACUAGAUCAAUUAUUAAUAUCAUUGUGCCACUUGCUGAAAGAACUGAAGCAUUUGCACAGUUUAUGCAGAACUUCAGGGAUGUGUGUAUUCAUCAGGACAAGAGAAUUCAUCUCACAGUGGUGUAUUUUGGUAAAGAAGGACUAUCUAAAGUCAAGUCUAUCCUAGAAUCUGUCACAAGUGAGUCUAAUUUUCAUAAUUACACUUUGGUCUCAUUGAAUGAAGAAUUUAAUCGUGGACGAGGACUAAAUGUGGGUGCCCGAGCUUGGGACAAAGGAGAGGUCUUGAUGUUUUUCUGUGAUGUUGAUAUAUAUUUCUCAGCCGAAUUCCUUAACAGCUGCCGGUUAAAUGCUGAGCCAGGUAAGAAGGUGUUUUACCCUGUGGUGUUCAGUCUUUAUAACCCUGCCAUUGUUUAUGCCAGUCAGGACAUACCACCACCUGUGGAGCAGCAGCUGGUUCACAAAAAGGAUUCUGGCUUUUGGCGAGAUUUUGGCUUUGGAAUGACUUGUCAGUAUCGAUCAGAUUUCCUGACCAUAGGUGGAUUUGACAUGGAAGUAAAAGGUUGGGGUGGAGAAGAUGUUCAUCUUUAUCGAAAAUACUUACAUGGUGACCUGAUUGUGAUUCGGACUCCAGUUCCUGGUCUUUUCCACCUCUGGCAUGAGAAACGCUGUGCUGAUGAGUUGACUCCUGAACAGUACCGUAUGUGCAUCCAGUCCAAAGCCAUGAAUGAGGCCUCUCACUCGCACCUAGGAAUGCUGGUCUUCAGGGAGGAGAUAGAGACGCAUCUUCACAAACAGGCAUACAGGACAAAGAGCGAAGCUGUUGGUUAACGUAACCAUUGGUACAUUUGUCUAAACCACAAACCAGCAUUAUUUAUUUAGCCUUAAUUCCAAUUCCAGAUGCAGUGCCUCUUUCAGAGAAGACAUGCUUAUCUUUUGUGCUCUUUCUGAUAUUACUUUAGCAGUUUUAACUUGAUAUGAGAAGAGAAAGCAAGUGUUUCAAUGCAAAGCCUGUUUCUUGAGAAAACCACACUAUGGAAUUGCUGACAAAUCGAAAUCUGGUGUUUGCCCCAAAAGUAGUUUUGAGUUAGUUUCUAUCCAUGUUCUAAUGUACCCUGGCUGCCUCUGGGUUGAGAGAUGGAAUGUGUUAUGCUCAUGGUAGGUCAGGGGCAUCCAGUUCCUCCAGAGAGGACAGAGUAUUAUGGAUGCAGUAUGUAGACAAGAGUUCUUCAGCUGCUGACCACUUAGUCAACCUGCUUUUAAAUUAAGAUCUUUAAUCAGUUGCUUGAAGAAUCCUCUUUCACUGAAGCAGAGAAUGACUGAAGGACACAUCUGAAAUUCACAAUCAAAAGAGAGCGAAGUAAAAACCCCUUAAACUGAAUGUUGCUUAGCUCCCUGAAUGUGUUAUUAAAUAAAUGGAUGAUAAUAGAAAAUACUUAGCUUAGAAUCUAUGACUUGAUUGAAACUAUAAUGUGUUAUCAUCAUUUUCAAGAUUAGUAGUCAAAGUUGCUGUAGAUUGUUUUAAGCAAACAAAUGUGGAAAUGUCUUUAAUAGAACAUUUAAUUAUGUUGGAGUACAGGGCACUAGUGAUAUCUGGGAACAUCAGUUUACAUGAGCCAGGGUGCUAUCAGGGCCUUCUUGUAGUGCUUCAGAAUAGAUGAACAUAGCAUGGUGUUGUGUAUUUUUUGGUUUGCAUUGUCUCAUUUAGCAUAGAUCCAUAUGUAUUAUCUUUUUUUCUAGUAUGUUAAUAUAUGCUAUAUCUGUGUUUGUAAUAAUGUGGUGCUUUGAGUUGACAGUUUCACUGAAGGGAGGAAAAAAAAAACAAUUUAAUGAGGUAUACCAUAAAAUUACAAUGAUUUGAGAAAAGAGGCAGAGGAGAAGGUGGUCUGAAUGGCAAUCUGAAUUACAAAAUAUUUUAGAGAAAUAUAUUGUUUGCAGAUAGAAUAUUUUAAUUGUAUAAAUUAUAUUAAUGAGGCAAGAUGAAUAAGAAGUUAUAUUCAGAUAGGACUGUACUAUGUUAUUUAUCACACAUGGAUCUUUUACCAUAGGGUCCAUUGCUAGAUCCAGAAAUUGGAAAUAUGGUAAAAGUCAUUCACAGAUUUUGAAUCUUUGGCUUUUAAAAGGAACCUAUCUUGUAUCCUAUUUGUAUAUAAACACAAAUUCACGAAGAAAAAUCAUACUCUUUGUACUCAGUAAAUCAUAUCAUCUGAAAUAUUAUAAAUCCCAAAUUUCUUGGUGCUUACAUGAAUUCAUUUUACAGUAACUCUUACAAAUUAUUCUUACAAGUUUUAAGUUGGGUAGCAUUUAGGCUUUUUUAAAGAUGUGUCAAAUGUUUUCUGCAGAAUUAUUCAGGCCAAUGUCUCCUCUUAUAUACCAUUAUUUAUUAUGAAGACCAGUGAAUUUAGGUACUUAAAGUGGAAGAACCUAAUUAUUUGCACAGGUAAGUUUGCAGCUUGUUUUUUGAUAGAAUCAAAUGAUUUUACCUUUUCUCUUCCUUUUUUAAAAUGAGCUUUAAUUUAAAAAUAGAAGCUAAGCAAUGGAAACAGUAUUACUGUGUUUUUGACAUUAAACGGUACCAAUAAAGUAUUUUAUUACCAAAA